AUGAGUUCUAAUAAUAGCUAUUCAUCUUGUAUGUUCGCUAAGAAUGAUUAUGAUGAUACUUAUUCAAAUGAAGAAAAAAUAAAAAAGAGAAAUUUAAAGGAAUGUUUAAAAAAUGAACCAAAUGAUUUUAACUUACAACACAAUUUAAAAAAAAUUAGAAAAAAGAAAUUAUCAAAGUUAAAAAAUUAUAAUAAUAAUCAAAUAAAAAAUUACAAAGUAAAGUGGUCAAACAGAAUGAAAUGGACACCUAAAAUGCUUGAAAUAUUUGAAGAAUCGGUUUUUUAUUUUCUAGAGCAACAAAAGAAAAUAAAAGAUUCGACAUACGAACCAACACCAUGUCGUAUUUUGUCAUACAUGCAUAAAAAGUUUGAAGAUUUGGAGGAGAAAAAUUUGAAUGAUAUAAAAAAUAUGCAGAAUUUAUCAAGGUUACAUGUUGGAAGCAAAUUGCAAAAAUUUUUACUAAAACUAAAAAAAUUAGGUAUUAAAGAAAAUAUUAAAAAAAAAAAUGUUAGUAAUGAAGGAAGUGUGGAUACAUAUUAUAGUAAUGAUAAUAAUGAUAGUAAUAAUAAUACCAAUAGUGAUUAUUAUUAUCAAGCGAAUAUAAAUAAAUCAUUUAAUGCAAAUAAUAUGUCACAUAGUUGUUCAAAAAGUAAUGCAUCAAAUCCUGUUGAUAAUUUUAAUGGGAGCAAUAAUGAUAUAAGUGAGUCAUUAAAUAAUAAAUCGUAUAUAGAUACAGAGAACUUUAAUAAUAACUUAUACUCAAAUCAAAUAGUAAAUGAUUCGAAAUAUUUUACUAAUUAUGAUACCAUUAAUUCCUAUUUUAUUUACGCAAGUAACUAUGAUAAUUCUAAUAUACCAAAUAAAAUAACAACAAGUGUUGUACAUAAUGACUCAUCAAAUGACUUAAUAAAUGGAAAUCGUAAUAUUCCUUUUGUGAAUGAAAUUAAUUUAACAAAUAAAACAAAUCCAAAUAAUACAUUAUCAUUAAAUAAUCCUGUGGUUUUAACAAACAAUUCAUUUGAAGUUUCUCCUUUUUCAUUAAUAAAUAAUAAUAAUAAUAGUAAUAAUAAUAAAUCUUUUAAUAACAUAGGAGAUACUUUUUAUUCUUUUAAUAGCACUAAUUUAAAUGGUAUUAAUAAUGAUAUGAAUGAAUUACAGAUAGUAGAACUUUUGCAUCUUGUAGUGAAGGAUUUUAGUUUAUUAAAUGAUAAUACGAAAGCUCAAAUUCUAUUUAAAUUAGCAAAGCAGUUAUUAAAUAUGGCAGAAGAAAUUUUUACAAAUAAUUUUACUAACUACACAUCAUUAGAAGAUGAAAAUAUAUUAAACUUUCAAUGUAGAAGUAAUAUCAAUUCUUUAAUGCCAUUAAAAAUGUUGUGCCAAAUUAAUAAUCUAAAGGAUUAA